CAUGCAGUGUCGGCGAUCUCUGUUAUGGUCCGUUGCGAGUGUAACGGAUUUGGGAAAGGUUGUGAAAUCAAUGCAGACUCCGGCCAGUAUGAGUGCAUCUGCAGUGGAAACACCCAGGGCCGAUUCUGUGAGGAAUGCAAGCCUCUGUAUAACCAGUUCCCCUACCAGCCUGGUCGGCCCUGCCAAGGUCAACGAGUUUACCUGACGACCAUCGGCAGCUGGUCCUUUUAUAAGGUUCAGGCCUCUGGACCGAUGACCAGUGCCAACGUCAAGGCCACGUGUGAAGCGGCGGGGAUGAGGUACCCCUGCUUCGCCUCAGGUCGGUGCACCGGCUACUGGACCCCCGACUGCAUCAAGUAUGACGACGCCGGUGUCAGCUGUGAAACCCACAGGGUCCUCUCUUUUCAUCUGUGUGGACAUGAUAACCCUUAUAGAUGUGAGUCCCUUGAUGACACCUUUGUGUACAUGCCUGAAUGGUGGAGCGACGACAGCGCCUGUGGAAUGAAAUACAAUACGGACAAAUGGUGGUGCGUGCGUGACUGGAGCAGACGUUACCAACCUGUACGCCCUGUGUGCAGAGUGCGAGACCUCCACAUGUGUCCAUGGAACCUGUACCGAUAAUAUCUGUACGUGUGAGAACGGCUGGGAGGGUACCAACUGUGAUCAAAAUAUCGACGAGUGCGCGAGCAACCCUUGUUGGCAGGGAGGGACCUGCCUGGAUCACGUGGACGGCUACAGCUGUGUCUGUCCUAAAGGUGCCACCGGCAAGAACUGUGAAACUGCAUUCUUUGCCGGUGAAUGCUACGAGUUCUCGUCCGAGGCCCUAACCCAU